CCUGCAUAAUAACACAUAUUCUCUUAUUUGUAAAGUCAAAAAGAGAAUGGCUGCCCUCUCUCUAGAUCCGAGACUGAGUCUCAAUGCAAGAAAACACCACCAUCACGGUGCUUUAGUGGAAGAAAUAGAAGGGCUCAUCAGGGUAUAUAAAGAUGGGCAUGUUGAAAGGCUACCUAUCAUCCCAAAUGUCCCUUGCAGCAUUCCUUCUGAGCUAAGGGUGACUUCAAGGGAUAUUGUCUUGGACAGAUCAACUAAUCUGUGGGCACGUGUCUAUGUUCCGCAAGGACAAAGGAACCUGCCUCUACUUGUCUACUUCCACGGAGGAGGUUUCUGUGUAGGUUCAGCAGCGUGGAACUGUUACCAUGACUUCAUAUCCAACCUAGCAUCUAAAGCAGGUUGUGUAGUCAUGUCGGUAAACUACCGUCUAGCCCCUGAAAACCGUCUUCCUGCUGCCUAUGAGGAUGGUUACAACACCGUCAUGUGGGUGAAGGAGCAAGCUACCAAUGGCUCAAGAGAGCAUUCUUGGUGGCUAAGCUGCUGCAAUUUCUUAGGUUUCUUCCUAGCAGGUGACAGCGCAGGAGCUAACAUAGCUCAUAAUGUCGUUCUAAGAUUUGACAGCAGAUCAGCAAGGUCAACCCUUCUAAGGCCACUCUCUCACCGAGGCACUAUCCUAAUCCAACCUUUCUUUGGAGGUGAGGCACGGACUGCAUCUGAAAAGGCCCCUCAACCAUAUGGAUCAGCACUUACUUUAUCAGCAGCUGAUACCUAUUGGCGGUUAUCCCUCCCUAUGGGCUCUACCCGGGAGCAUCCAUGGUGCAACCCUCUAGCCAAAGGUGCAGCUAAAUUGAAUAGUAUAGAACUUCCAGCUACAAUGGUGUUUGUGUCAGACAUGGAUAUCUUGAUGGAUAGGAACAAGGAGUUCUGCUCUACCAUGGCUAAUGGUAAGAAGGUAAAAAUGAUGGUCUACAAGGGUGUGGGUCACGCAUUUCAGAUCCUACAUAGCUCGUCACUCUCCAAAGCUCGCACACAAGAAAUGAUUGGCCACUUAAAAGCUUUCAUUCACAGCUGAACAGAAUAAUCCCUGAGAAUCUGUGAUCAUUACUUUUUCUAAGUUCAUUCCUGCUUCAA